AUGCGUGCAGCAAAUAGUUUAUUGCGGAGAGCUGUGUGGAAAGGUCCUAAUGUUGUUCCACUUCCCAUUGCCGAAGCCAUGAAGAAUAAAACUCCCAUUCGUACCAACGCCAGAAGUUGUACAGUGUUGCCUCAAUUUGUGGGAUUAAAGUUUCAAAUUCAUAAUGGAAAGGAGUACGUUGAGAUAGAGAUUACAGAUGACAUGGUCGGUUCCAAAUUAGGAGAGUUUGCACCCACUCGUAAGAGAUUCCACUAUAGAUUUACAAAGAACUGA